GUGACUGAUAAGUGAUAACAGGAUAACAGCAACAAAUAACAGGCGUGUAUCUUCUAAUCAAAUUGCGUUCAAUUACCUACUUUGCCGUGUAAUGUCCCUUUCAGUGGAACUGAGAUAUUUAUUCUCAGUUACUUUACCUACUUCUGACUCCAAAUUUGGAAGGACAUGGAUCUGAAGGAAGAACCUGUGAGUCCACUUGGACUGAAGCACACUUUUUCUAGCUCAAGCAGCACAGGAUCUCUGUAUGUGCCGCAACCUAGUAAUGCCAGCGGAAGCAGCAGCGGUCAUGAGGAUGAUGAUAGUGAAGGGAAAGGCUCUCCCAUCAGUUACAAGGAACGCAGGAGAGAAGCACACACACAAGCAGAGCAAAAGCGACGAGAUGCAAUUAAGAAAGGCUACGACUCCCUUCAAGAUCUUGUUCACACAUGUCAACCAACAGAUGCAUCCAGUUAUAAAAUGAGCAAAGCAACUGUUCUCCAGAAAUCAAUUGACUACAUCCAGUUCUUAUUACGGCAGAAGAAAAUGUUAGAAGAAGAAAGGAAUGCUCUCAGAAAAGAAGUCAUGGCAUUAAGGAUCAUGCAGGCAAACUACGAACUAAUGGUGAAAGCCCAGCAAAGCACCCCCGGCCACACUGAAACUCGUAUAUCAGACCAAGUCAAAUUUCAAGUGUUUCAGAAUAUCAUGGAGGAGUUAUACACAACUUUUUGCAACGUAAGCGUGGCCAAUUUUGAUGUUCUAUCCGCUAGUAUAUUCAGUUGGCUUGAAGAAACUUGUAAACCUCAGAGGCUUCGAGACAUGGUAAUUACAGUGCUGAACCGGUUUAGUGGGAUGCCCUGAAAUUGAACUGUUGGCGAUUGAUAGGUCUGAAACAUUUUGAAUAGUUUUAGUUACAAUAUUUGAGCACCAACUAGUCCUUGUAAAGAUAUAUUUUUGACAUGUAUGUCUCAUUUUACAGGGUCUUCUUUUGUGUACGUUAAGAUUUUUAAUGAUAGGUUGUUAUUUUGUUGACAAUGGGAGAAUUAAAGUUUACCCACAAGAGUUAAUUUUUUAUAUUGCUGUUAAAAUUUUGAAUAAACAAAAACCUGAAAAAACA